ACAGGGAGUCUACUUUCGGAACAUAUCCCAGGCUGCCUUCUUUGUGCGCCAUUUUCGUUCAGAAGGAGUGCGGAUCUCCACCUAGAAAAGAUGUCAGAACAACAACUGCAACAGAACUGCAACCAAGGGGGUGUUGAUGAGAUCAAGCCCGAGAACAGCGAGCACAUCAAUCUGAAGGUGGCCGGCCAAGAUGGCAGCGUGGUGCAUUUCAAGAUCAAGAAGAACACACAGCUGAGGAAGCUCAUGUCUGCCUACUGUCAAAGAGUUGGAAUUCAAGCCCAACAAGUGCGAUUCCGAUUUGAUGGAAAUCCUAUAAACGAAUCAGAUUCCCCUUCUUUGCUGGAGAUGGAAGAUGGAGAUUCAAUAGAUGUAUUCCAACAGCAGACGGGAGGAAAGUGGUGCCACUGAGUGACUCGAGUCAUGUGAUUACCAUUCAAAGGGUGUUUGCGGACCAUGUGAAAUGAAAACGGUGAAAGUGAAAGACUGAAUACAUCCGCAAUGGAUACCAGCCCUCCUCAGAAAGGUUGAAUAGAUCCACUCUAUUCAUUUCUUGUACAGUUUGUCAUCGUCUUCUACUCUUAGUCAUUUGUAUCAUGUUUUGUCAUUGCAGGGGUUUCCGGGCUGGGGGUGGGUCAUAGUCGUACUAUUUAUCUUUGCAUCAUGUAAAGCGAUUUCACUUUAUUCAUCAGGGUUCGAAAUUACAGCAAGUAAAAACUUUUACUGCUCUUCAUUUAUCUGUCAUCCUCAAAGGCCAAAUGAGAUGUUAGAUUCCUUCGUAUUCCUACCGUAGAAAUGAAGUUUAACCAUUUCAACAAACAAGAUAUUUUUGAUUGAACCUUAUUUUGUGAUCAGUUUCAGGGACUGUUUUCUUUCACAAUCUAGCUACUUUUAACAAUGCUAAUUUCCAACCCUGAUAAAUUCAUUGUUUGGCAUUAAAUAUUCGAUGUACAUUUGUUUGCAUUCGUUCCUCCUGGGUUCCAGUGUAGCCAUGCUGUGUCAGUGUGUAGUACCCAGACUGUCAGUUUCACUAAUGUGGACAUUUGUUUCAGUCAGGUUGACCUGUUUCUUUUUUUAUUUCAACACCAAUGACCGACUCUCUCAAACUUGUUCAUGCCAAUACUUGAAUUUUACCGAUCACUCGGCAACUGGCCAACCAAAUCAAAGAUACAGUAGAAAUCAUUGUCUCCUAAAUGUCAAUAUCACUGGUUGUCAUUAAACAUGUAUCAUUGUAACACA